GAGCUCCCGAGCGCUUUGAAGUGCCCGAGCGCUCUUUGUUAUUUGUCGAAUAACUCAAAAAGUAAUUAUCGGAUCAACUUGAAAUUUUCAGAGAAUAUUACACUUAACGAAAAUGAAAAAAAAUUGAUCUUUUGAAAAUUCUUACUACCCCUAACCCCUAAAAUAUAUGGAAUGAUUUGUAAUUAAAAUUCGGGUUUAUAUAAAAAAAGAUUAGAUGGUUUCUUAACUUCUAAUUUUAAUAAUAAUUCGCCAAGUAUAUCUGGAAACACAUUUCUUAACUGAAAGUUUUUGCUUGGAUUUUUUUAAAACAUGUUAGUCCACUAAAUCAGUCUACUAAGUUUGGUAGAUCUUAGCUCGGUAUCAUUAUCUACAACGUUUGUACAAAAGAAGACAAUUUAAAUAAAAAAAUUUUGAUGGAAAUAUUUUCUUUUUAUUAAUAAAUAAAUUGGAAGCUCUUACUACUUAGCUGAUAUUUUUUUUAUUCUGGAAAAGAUAAAAUAUACUGAUUGAACUGAAUCUAGUGAAUAUAUUGAGCGAUGAGGAAAAUCCAAUUCAUAGGUAUGUUAUAUCCAUAUCUUUCCCAUGUAUAAAAAAUGGACAGUAUGGGCUAUUUUAUGUUACUCUAUUGAGUUGUCCACUUUGUUGGUCGGUCGGUUUAGCUUCAAAUACUUAACGCUAUACUUAUACUUUCGGGUAUACAGAUCUUUGAUAUCAAAUAACCAAGUAUAAUGGAGCUAUCAAGGUCAAUGCACUCUCGGAAUAAAAAUUGAAUUCACGAGACUAAAAUGAAACAAUGAUAAUGCUCUAAGAUCCGAUUAAAAAUAUGACUAUAUUUUAAAAAGGCUGCCCCUACACUACUCAGGUUUAAUUUUACGGAAUCAACUUGCAAAACUGCUUUAAUGAAUCAUGCAUUGCGAAACUUUCGUUAAUUAUUUAUAUAACUAUGGUAGAUAGGACGGUCUCAUAAUAACAUAAGCAAAAAGUCUCGAAAGAGUCAUACAUACAUAUGUAUGCUUCUUACAUUAUAUAUUCCUAAAUUUACUCUAGUUUAACCGCACUACAACAAAAGCAACUAAAAAUCGAGAACAAUUCAGUUUUCAUACAUAAACAACACUUUGGUUAAAAAUCACAACGUCAAAGUUCAGUAGAAAGUGGAAAAGGUAAAAACGCUGGCAGACAAAAUUACCAAAUAAAAACAACGAAGAAAAAAGGUAAAAAAAUAUACAACAAUCAUACCGAUAUAGCAUACAAAUGAAUUGAAAGAAGCUGCAUGGAUUUAUGCGAUUGUAUUUGGGGGGAGUAGCGCAAAAACGGCAUCAAUCCAAUGGCGACUCAUCCAGCAGAACCAAAACUAUACAUACACGCUACAAAGCAGCUAGCGAUCGCAUCCAAACACAACAAAGCAAACACUUACUCAUUCUGCCAGUCAACGAAUACAAGCAAGAGGCACAGCCAGGUCGCCGCCGGGCCAAACCUCAUCAGCCGCUAAAGAUCUUACCAGCAGCGGCAACUCAUCAACGACAAACUAAACGAACGGGCAAACAGCCUGCCAGCCGAUUGUCAUACAUAUACACAUACAAACCAACUCGUAGUUGACGAUCGCCAACAACGAUCUGGUCAAGUGGCAGUGUCUAUUUUGGUGAACAUUUCACUUUUGGUUGAAAAUUGCUAAGAAAAGAUGUUGCGUGGUAGCUUUUUAGUGUUAACAUUACUCCUAACACUCGGAUAUCUGCAGGCGCUGCCAUAUUACGGCGAUUUUGCGCAUCUACAUCAUAUCACAACACCGUUACAACACCGUCUCUUACAACCCAUACCAUUAAUACCAUUCGCACCAUUACCACCCGCACCCGCUGUUGACACACACGUAGUAGAAAUUUUUGAACCAAAAGCGCAAGCGCAAUCAACUGGUGGAUAUCCAAAUAUUUGGCAAAAUCUUGCUAAUUCAUAUCCUUUAAAUCUGGUUUCUAGUAAUUUCGAUGAAGAAGCCGAAUUUGUGCCGCUCGAACAACAACAGCAGCAGGGACGUGCCGGUUCACCGAAUGUCAGAGAAAAACCAUUUGAAGUGGAUGUUGUGACAAGUGAGAUUAAUGGCGGCAAUCAAGCCCCCGGCGUGUUUUUCCAGCAAUCAUUCCCCUUCCUCGGAAAUGAUUUCUUCAACUCGUUCGGCGGUUUUGGUUUCGGUGGUAUCCCACAAGAACACUGGUGGAAGGGACCGAACGUCUGCACCGACAAGGAAGAAGACGAAACUGCAGUCGAUUCGAAACCAAAUGAUACUGAAGAACUUGCACCCGGUGUCUCGGAGAGCGUAGAUGUAAAACCCAACAUAUUUGGACAGUUCCACAUUAGCCUUAACUCAUGUGUUGAAAAGCCAAAUAAACAUGUAUGCACACGGGUCGUUAACCAAAAUGGCAAAAAGAAGACAAUCACGAUAACACGUCAGUGCUGUCAUGGUUAUGGACGUCCACGUAAUGCUGACUUCGCAACACCAUGUGAGAAAAUGGAAAUCAAAGGCAUCGAUGCAACAGCAGCCGAUAUGGGAGCUAAAGAGUUCGUGGCAACUGCCAAGAACGUCGGCAUAAGCGAAGUCUUGAACAACAAAAACGUGACCAUCUUCAUGCCUGUGGAUGCGGCAUUCAAUAAUUACAUCGAUCAUUUGCAAAGCGAAAAUAACGCCGUUGAGCCGAAGGGUGAUGCUGCUAUGAUGAACUUAUACAAACGUCAUAUUGUUGAUGGUGAAGUCAGUUUGUACGAUCUCAAAAAUGAUCAAUUGCUGAAGACACAAGAACCCGAACAGUCCAUACGCAUUAAUACCUUUGAAGUGCCAUUGGCUUUGGGCGGUGAACCCUACCGCUUCACAGCUAACUGCAUACCAAUUGAAAAACAUGAUAAACUAUCGGAACAAGGUUUGAUACACACUUUGGACGGUGUUAUGAGGCCAGUAACAAAGAAUGUUAUGGAUUUAAUACGCGAACGCCCCGAUAUGUCAAUUAUGCGCACUGUACUCGAGAAUACCAAACUGAAUGAAUUGCUAGAAGGCAAGAAACCGGUAACCAUUUUUGUGCCAACUGACGAUGCUUUCGAAAAGCUCGAUCCACAGCUACGUCGCGCACUCAAGGAAGGCAAAGGCUGUGGCGCCAAUAUUUUGAAGAAUCACAUACUCGAUUUGACCUUCUGCUCCGUUGCCUCCAUACCUGGUGCCAAGACAACCGCCUAUAACUUGCUCGGUGAACCGAUGCGUUUCAAUCGCAGCGACGCGUCCACCGGCAAGUCAGAGGUCGCCGAUUUAGUGGGUGAACAGCCGGUGGUGAUUAAUAACAUUGCGAAAAUCACUGAAGCGGACAUAAUGGGCACCAAUGGCGUGUUGCACGUAAUUGAUACUAUUCUACCAACCGAAUCGGCAUUGCCGCUAUCGACACUGAUGCAAGAGAAGAAUGUCACUAUCUUCAAGCGUUUGCUUGAGGCCGCUGGUUUGGUUGACAAAUACGACGAUAUGGAUAAUGUAACUGUAUUCGCACCAACUGACAAGGCAUUACAAGCCACCAAGUGGGCACAGAUUUUGGAAGAGUCACCAGAAUCAUUGCGAAAUAAUGCGGAAUUGGUUGAAUUCCUCAACUAUCAUUUUGCACAGCCGAUGACAAAGACUUGCGACUUGUCCGAUUCGAAUUUACCAACUAUUGCCGGUCCUGAGGUGCGCAUCAAUCUCUACUCCACACAUUCGCUCUUCUCCAAUGUUAUGAAUCGUGCAACAGUCAAUUGCGCUCGUCUCGUGCACUUCGACGAUGAAAGCUGCGGUUCUGUAUUGCAUCAAGUGGACAAACCGCUGGUUGCACCAAAAAUGAAUCUGUUGCAAUUCUUGGAGUCCAAUCCCAUGUAUAGCAAAUUCCUCGAAUUGGUACGCGCCGCUAAUCUUACCAACAUCUUAGCGAAUGCCAGCGACAGCUACACUUUACUCGUGCCCAAGAAUGAUGUGUUCGAAGAAGUAGCUGACUGGGAAACGACACUUACAAAAGAUAAAGCUGAAUUAGAGAACCUGAUCAAGACACAUAUAGUGAAUGAUGUUGUCUGCUGUGCGGGUAUCAUACCAACAAACUGGCCGUUUGUGCGUUCUAUUGAGUCACUGAAUGGCGCACAUUUGCGCAUUACACGCGAACGUCGUCCGAAGAUCGAAAAUGCUGGCGUGACCAAGUGCGAUGCGAUCGCCACGAAUGGUAUUGUGCAUGAGAUCAACGACAUUAUAGUUCCUCAAAGGCGUCAACAACAACAGCGACCACAACAACAGUUGUAUCGACCUCAUGUGGACACUUUUGGAGACUUAUUCUUCUAAAACACAAAUACAAAAACUUUGUAAUGACAGACAAACAUACGUACGUAAUUGUAAGCUGUCUGAUGAUUUAGAAUUGCAGGCGCUUUUAGCACUAACUAUAAACUAGAUUUGUUGCUAUGAGCCUGAAAUUGGGAUAUUUUUUAUUUGUGUAUUUAUUAAUUUAAUGAAAUUUCUCUAUAAUCUGAUCUAUACAUUCGAAUAUACAUAUAUACAUACCUAUACGUCUUUUUUUUUAAUAAAUUAAAAUAUAUUUAUAUGUAUUAAACCGAAUUGUGAAUAACGGUCUUCACAAAAUAUAUACAUAUUUAAAUC